AAAUGCUAGUGAACAUGAACAAUGGUAAAAGGCCUAAGCUCCAAACUAACAGGAUUUUCUUGUAAAUCAAACACAUUUUGAAGAAUGGGCUCGGGGAAGAAAAUCAAAUUUGCUUUCUGUGAAAUAGUGCAGUUUGCGGCUCUGUGUAUACCAGUUUUCGUUGUCAUGCAGAGGUUUGCUUCCAUCGUGAAACAAGUCAAAGAGGCAGGGAUGCAGGAUGGGGAUGCUAGCACUGCGUACUGGCUCAUCGUGGCUUCCUCGGUUGCUUAUGUUACUUCUGUGGCCUUGGUGAUUUGGGUCCCCAUGAAGUACAUGAUAGCCAAAAAAAGAAAGUUCUUCACAGCAAGGAAAGGAUGGAGGCCUGUUACUCUGGUUUAUGUGAUCCUGUCUACAUUGCCCUGCUUUGCCUUUUUAAUUGCCAGCUCUGAGGUACAGAUUAAUGCAGCUGAAAGGUUCGACAUGUUGUCUGAGCUCCCAGUCUCACUGGUUUUGCUGUCCUUCAUAUGUGUUGAUAUCAUCGAUAGGCUUCGCAAAUGCCGUCUUACAGGGCAGAAUCAUACUUUAGAAGAUGAACGGGAUGCCGAUAUUCCAAGUCCCAUUCUGACUCACUUGGAGCAAGUAACAACCGUAUCAGGUCAGAUGGAUGUUGAAAGAGAUAAUGAUGGCACGAGGAUCAGGCUGGAAGCUAAUGGAACAGCGCCAGGGCUUUUGGGAAAUCAAGAAAGACAGUACAGUAUAUCUGGCCUGAGUUCCCGCACAGCAAGCACUGCUUAUAACAACUCACCUUACACAUCAUCUGGGCCCUUCAAAUUUCUGCACUGUAAUGAUACGAGGGCAGAGAUUUUUGUAGACAGUUUCAUAUUCUGGUUUGACACUGUUGAGAUGGUGAGAGUAGCAGGACACCCUCAAGUUUAUUUUUCGCGCUGGGUUUUCCCAAUAUACAUAUUUAGCUACAUCUCUAUGUUGAGGCUGAUUCUCAAGCCCCGAAACCCACUCCUAAGUUCACUGGGAGUCAUAUUGCAAGACAUUCCUUUUCUUUUUAUCCGAAUAGCAUUGAUUUCCAUUUUUGGGUGUGUGACACCUCUGCUGUACCUUUUUAAAAACCUUUUCGUGGUUCUGGCUUUUAUAUAUUUUAAUUUUAUGACCAAGAUGAAAAUGUUUAAUACAGAGAGGAUGUUUUAAAAAGGCAGCUUAUCUCCAGCUUUUAUGCAAUAAUGGAAAGCAAUUGGAUUUGGCUAUAUUGCCUAUACAGAGCAAAAGUGCAAGAUACAGUACUUAAAACUUCCUGAAGGCUUUUGAAGCUAUAUUUUUAAAAGGAAUAGAGGUAAUUUUCUUGUUAUUUUAUCUCUCACAUUUUGGAAACAGCUGUAUUCCAUGUGUUUGAUAUUUUUUUACCUGUUCUGUAAAAACUGAAUAGUAAGUGGCAUAGGGUAUUAUCAGGGUAGGCUUCAUAAAGUGCUUUCAUAAAAUGUAAAGGGUGCAACGACAAGCAUGUAAAUAUUUAACCAAAAAGUGUACAAAUUGCUUCUGAUAUGUUCUGACACAUUUUUUAAAGCUCACUACAAAGUUUCAUAGAGGAUAAGAGACAUACUUUAAGAAGAAAGAUGACAGGUUUUUACUCAAUGUUUUUACUCAAAGUUUUGAUCCCUUACAUACAGUACAGUAUGUAGAAAUACUAUGCAAGACAUUAGAUUGAUAUUUUACUGUUAUGGAAGUGGUAACCUGCCAAAGAGUGGCAGUGCACAUAUACAGUACACUUAUUGUGCAUUAAUUGAUGAUCUGUUGAUACACAGUUAUUUAGUAAACUGAUGUGCAAUUAUUCCUUAUUACUUUUACUUAAUAUUCAAUAAAAAUAAGUUAGUUUUCAAUGAUACAAUUUCAUGAGGAAUAAUAAACUCCAACAAUUAGAUGUGUUUGAGAGAGAUUAUUGAUUAGGUACAGUAAGAUUUGGCUAAGUCUCCUUGACUGGGGGCCAUAGACCAUAGGACAAAGAAGCUAGGAGUACAAACAGAGUGAGGAGUUAACAAACUGGAGGUAGAGGAGGGAUGCAUGAGGUGAAAUCCAAAGAAAAGGGAUAUACAGAUUUUUUUAUUAUGAAAGAAAACAGUAUUUACUAGCAAGACAAUGAAGACAAUAAACAAUGAAAGAAAAAACAAGCAUGUGCAGUUUCAGACACAGUGGAUUCUGUUGAGUCUUUUACCAUUUACCUGAAAGAGAAAUUUCACUUGAAAAUGACACCAGGCAGCUGGAAAACUGAUUAGCGAAAAGAAUCUCCCCAUUUUGCUUGCGUACCAGUUCCAGUAUCAGUUAUCCUCGUCCUUCAUUAAAUUGACCAUUUGCAGUAUCUAAGCAGCUUCCGCUUUGACAACUGACCUAUGGUAGUAGAUCUAUCAGUUUCCCUAUUUUAUUGAAUUCAGAAAAUAAACACAAAUAAGAAAUGAAAAUAUCUAUGUAAUUUAGAAUGUAUUUUACAUCCCAAUGUUCCAAAGAUCUAAGUCAUACUCAUCAAUUUGACAGCAAGUGUUCAUUUCAUAUGAGGAAAAAAUGAACUCCCAAACUAGAAUAGGGAAACAAAUAAUUUUAGUCCUCAGUUCAGCCUUCAGGUUAACAAUUAUUCAAUUUGUUUUCAAUUUGAAAUGUCAAAUAUAAAUUAGUCAAUAUCAAACUAGUGCUAUUGUUUUAGAACUGGUGAGACAAAAACAUGAUCUAAACAGAAUAGUGGAUCUCUAAAUUUCUGUGGGGUUUAAGACAUUGCAGUCUAUGACCCUUUAUCAUCUGUAUGAUAUCAUUCAUUUCUCUCCACAUUGUAAACACUUUUUUUUUUCCUUCUUCCUUACCAGAUAGGUCAAUUGUGAACAAAUUCUCAUGUACAAUGGUGACCUGGACAUUUUUACAGGAAGAUAUUUACUGGAACAAUCUGAGUGAAGUACCUUGCUCAACAGAACAACAGCAAUGCUGCCCCACAUUGGAUUUGAACCCAUAAUCCUCUUGUGUCCAACCAUACAGGUUAGGGUACAAGAGGAUCAUGGGAAGAGGAGUAAGGAAGGGGCACUUUUCCCUGGCACUUCCAAUUGUGAUGUCUGUGCUCCUUUAGGAAGCAAUUAUAUUCAGUCUGAAAGAGAAUGUCAGUUCUUUGAAAAGGAAUGCAGCUGUUACCUUUCUCAGUUGCUCACUUGUCAUCAUUGCUGAGAUGCCACCUGAGCAAACAAAUUGAGAUAUGAACCUCUUUUUUGCAGUCCUGAUCUUUUUGUGGUUAUAUGUUUUUUACUACUUUUGAAAGGUAGUAAUUUGCACUUCUCACAUUAGCCAAGAAUCUGGUUCUUUUUUAUAGGGAGCUCAAUAUUACCUUACACGUAUUGGCAUGCUAAUGACCUUUUACUCAAGGUUAAUGGAUGUUGAAUGAAAAUAUCUUCCUAAAUAUUAACUAAGUGUAAAGCAUGCUUGUAGAAUUGGUAUCACUUGCUUGUAUUUAUUCUGAUGAAAACUUAAAAUAGUAAAAUCAUAUGAAUCAUAUAACAUCUCUGAAAAUCAGGAGUAUCCAGUUCCGGUUCUGGAGAACUGGUGUGUCUGUGGCAUUUCAUUCCAAGUCAACUCUUAAUGAGAUAAACCAGCUGGCUGCCUAACAACUGCACUUAACUGAGCACAUUUAUUAGCUUCUCCCAGGUACAGCACUUGAAAAUCAGUACACUCUUCACCCUGAACCAGGAUUUGGACACUAUUGAUUUACUUUUUAAUCUAAAACAGUCUUACUUAUCUUUUCAUAUUAACUGAAACUAAAAAAAGAUUAAUUAAAUAACAGUUUUAUUUGUAAUUGCAUGUACAGUAAGUUGACAUUCCUAUGUACAGUAUCUCUGUGUGCUGGGAUUGUGAGUUCUGCAUUUGGCAAAUUAGCCUGUUGCAGAAUUGCACAGCAAAUGGAAUCAUCAGCAUUUCAAUUUAAAAUUUCAAAUCAAACCACUUUAUAUUUUUGCUAUACAUUGGACUACCCUCGGCCAGUCCUUUCUCAGCAGCUUGAAAAGGAACCAGGAAUUGUCAUAUUUUGCACCUCUUUUCUUUGUCUUUUUUGUAACUAUUAGCAAUUAAUUUUGUUUUUCUCUUGCUCAAGUCACAAACAGGACACUGUAUGAUACUGCAGGCUGCCAGACAAAGUAACAGGAAGGUGCAAGUGAGUUACACCCCUUUAAUUGAGCUCAGUGCACAAUCUCCUACGUAGAUGCCUUGUUUGGCAUGUAAAAAUGACAUAUUUUUAAAAUCAUUCAUCACACAGACAAACUUGAAUCCUAGUAUCUCACUAAUGUGCAAAACUCGUGUAAAUAUAUAUUUUUAUGUAAUUUAAUAUGGUUUCAUCUUAUUUUCUGUUUCUGUAUUGUAGGUUUAAUUUUGCUUGCCUUUAGUUGUAUUUAUUAUAUCACACUGGGUGCUGUAAACAUGAAAAUCUAGAGACAGCAGUACAAUACACACAACAACAAUCUAGUUUUGUUUUUUAAAUCAAAAGUAGUCUCAAUCCUAGAGGUAUCUCAUUCAAGACAAAUUGCUGCCUCUAUGUUUCUUACCUGUUUAAUUUUUCAGUAGCCCAUGAUUCUGUUGAUUUAUGAAGAAACCUAAUUUAUAUCUACGUCAUGUGAAGGUUACAUUCCGAAGGCAUAAAGUCCUCUCUUUGUAUUUGCUAACUCCAAAAUCUGUUUGCACUUUAUUUUCAAACACGUCCUUUGAUCUGAGUCUUAAAGAGGUGACUAUUAUUGAUGCUCUUUACUCCAAUCAGAUCUCCAUUAUAUCUUCCUUCUGGGAUUGACUUCCUUCCACUGGACAAGCUUAGGGCAUAACCUGGCUGUUGUUUUCAGAUCUGGAAUUUCCUCUUAUCACUGUGGCACAUUCCCACAGUGUCUGUCCUGACAUUUGACAUUCCCCUCUUCAGCUUUAUUAUUAUUUAUUUUGAAGAGCAUUCAACAUUUCAGUUUUGUAUCAAUUAAUUUCCAAGUGCAUUUUCUGCUCAGUGCUCAAACUCACACACAUGUAUUUUUAUCAAUUUGUUUGGCUGAUGCUUUAAUGUAAAUUAUUGUACCCAAUUACACGGCUGGGUGUUGUGCUGGAGAAAUCUGAGUGAAGUAACUUGCUCAAGGGUACCACAGCAGUGACCUAUAGGUACCUGGGAUUUUAACUUCUACCUUCCAGUUUUGAGUCCUAACCUGCUUGUUGACACAUUUAUUUAAAAUGUACAGUAUGCGGGAAAAUGUAGGUAUUCUUCACAAAUAAAUUUUAAAUAUAUUAUCUAAAAAUGCACUUUUUUAGAAGUCAAGUUACCUGUCUGCAAUGGCAAAAAGCUGUGGCAAAAUCAUGGAAAGAUUCAUUUUCUGAAAAUUAUUUCCAUUUUUUGGUAGUUGCAAAAGUUGACUUGUAAGGCUUUUACAAGUAAUCCUUUUCAUAUGUUUAUGAGCAAACCUUUAUGGGAAUAAAUAUACUGUAUAUAUAAAAUUCUAUAUGAUUUGUUAAAUUUUCAAAAUGUUAUUUUAAUUCAUUCAAAAAUAUUUCAUUCUGUAUAAAAGUCUA